UCUUUUCGGGAGAAUUAUGCUCCCCCUCUCCUCCUGCCUCCAUUUAUUCCUAAUAGCCCUAAAUAAAAUAACGUUCAAGAGCUCAAAAAAUGCCUUCGUUUUAAAGAAAAAUUUUCCUUUCCAUUUUUAGCCACCACGCCGAUGCUGAUUCUUCCCUUCUUUUCUUGCCGUUCUUUCCUUUCCCCCUUCUCUCCUCUUUCCAUUUCAACACAGUUCCGGUCCUCUCGGUGUAAGAGAGAGAACAGAGAAAGAGAAUUCGUUUCCUUUUCCUCGGUUUGCGUUUUUUUGUUUUCUUGUUUUUAAUCGGAUCGGUGGCGGCAGUCUUUUGGUGUUCGGGUCUUUAAAAUAUUCGGAUUGGUCGGAGGCGGAGAUGGCUGCGGUUGCGGAGAACGCGAUCGGCGCGGGCGACCAGUUCGUCCGCCGCCCGUCGCCGUCGCCGCCGCAGCAGCAGAAGCGCGGGGGGUCUUCGGAGGCGGAGUACCAGCGCGACGUGCGCGAGCUCGUCGAGCUGCUCUCCAAAUUGAACCCUUCCGCGAAGGAGUUCAUCCCCUCCUACGCUUCCGCCGCCUCCCCGCCUCUGGUGGCCGGCCAGCACGCGGCCCAGACCACCGAUGGCGGAAGGAGGCCAAAUGGGCGGCUGUCGGCGGACGCGCCGGUGUUCGUGGCUUCCUCGGAUUAUUACGGCUGGCCGAUCGGUGGGGGGAAUCGUUACGCGGGCAGUGGCGAUGGGCCGUCCAACCACCUGCAGCGCCGCAGAAGAAACAAUUAUAACCAGGGGCGUAGGAGGUCUAAUGAUAGGGUUCAAAGAGCGCAGAAGGAGGACUGCAUCAGGCGCACUGUAUAUGUUUCUUAUAUUGAUCAUCAUGUAACUGAGGAGCAGCUUGCUGCAUUAUUUGGUAGCUAUGGCAAAGUACUUGAUUGCCGUAUUUGCUGUGACGCUAACUCAGUUCUUCGAUUUGCAUUUAUAGAGUUUGCUAAUGAAUAUGGUGCAAGAGCAGCAUUAAAUCUUGAUGGGACCGUGCUAGGUUACUAUCCUGUAAGAGUGCUACCUUCAAAGACUGCCAUUUUGCCUGUGAAUCCUACACUUCUUCCACGGUCUGAAGAUGAAAGGGAGAUGUGUACAAGGACAGUUUAUUGCACUAAUAUUGAUAAAAAGCUUACCCAGACAGAUCUAAAAGAAUUCUUUCAGUCCUGCUGUGGUGAGGUUUCUCGCUUGAGACUUCUUGGGGAUAAUGUGCAUUCAACUCGCAUAGCAUUUGUUGAGUUUGUUCGGGCAGAAAGUGCCCUUCGAGCUCUGAAUUGCAGUGGAACGGUUCUUGGAGCUCUUCCUAUUAGGUUAAGUCCUUCGAAGACUCCGGUCAGGCCUCGUGUUGCUCGCCCAAUGCAGUAGCUGUUUACUUUAUAUUUGAACUGAUGGGCCAAUUUUCAGUACUGGAGGAACUUUGUUGUCUGGGAAGGGCUGAUGAUCAUUUGACUCUGCUUUAUUGGCGGAAAGCAUUUUUUUUUUCCUGCAACUAAAAAUGACCCACCUUCCUUCUGGCUUUGACGUUUAAACAAGACCUGUCUUGUGGCUUUACGGAUUGUUGUGUUUUAUUUUUAUUUAUUUGCAUGGUAAGAACCAAAGAAGCGUCAUGGUAAGAACUCAGUAGCUGGCGAUCUCAACCUGCAUAGUUUUCUGCAGAAACCUGGAACCUGUGUUGCUCAUCUUUCAUUAAAGACAACUUUGCUGAUUAUUCUAAUGAUUUGAGUUGUGAAUUUCA